AAUUGUGAUUUAAUUAAAUUAACAAAUGAUAUAAAAUUAACCGACUAUCAGAUUAUAUGUGAAGCCCGACUCCAUAUCACCGCACCGGUAGUCAAUAGCCGGUCAACCGUACCUGAGAUGACCACUAGGAUAGUCCAGUUAGCUGGAGAAGCCCUGCUAAGUGAACUUAGUUUCAAUGAUUUAUGUCAAUCAAUCAAACGUGGGGUUGAGUCGGAAAUGGACGGUCUAUGGCACUGUACAGUCCUAUACGCUGAUAUAGGUAGCCAUUCAUUUACAUACGAUGACCAGUUUAUUGUGGUCAUACAAUAUGGGGGCAAAUUGAAGCUAACUGUCCAUAAAGUUUACGAUGAUAUUAACAUCAAAAAGAUGGCAAACCUAUUGAAAAGCGGUAAACUCGGGGCUGAACUGGUCGUUGAACGCCGCGAUAUGUGCGACCAAUACGUAGCGAUUGUCAAACAGGUUGUACUUCAAGGGAUCAAAUCGUCGACCAGUUUAACACAAUUAGUCAAAUUGAUUAGCAAACAGCUGUCCAAACGUGUGUCCGAUAAUAGUAACACGUGGCACGUGUUUGCUUUCAGGACUUAUUUAGCUGAUUGCUAUUGUAUGCCCAAAACGGGUAGUUUUAUAACAAUAACAAUAUCUGAUUUAACUAUUGUUGCAUUUCAAGUGUGA